AUGCUCCUAAACUUACUAUUGCCCUUCCUCGCGCUCAUUACGCCAACGCGAGCCGGCUACUCGUUGGCGUGCUCGUCGCUGGUGGGCCAGAGCUUCUCUAAUGGGUCCGCGAUCGUGGUCUUCGCUGAGCAGUUACUGAACGGCAGCACCUUUGUUGGUACCUCGGCUAACGCAGGCUACAAUACGCCCCAGGUGGCUGUUCCCCAAGCCUGCCGAAUCGGUCUCACUUUUGCAACCAGUGAGAACUCUUCCGCCCAGGCUGAAUUGUGGUUGCCGGCAGGUUCGCAGUGGAACUCCCGUGUACUCACCGUGGGCAAUAGCGGAUGGGCUGGCGCUGUGAACUAUCCAGACGUCGUCUGGGGCCUUCGCAAAGGCUUCGCCACCGUGUCUACGAAUACGGGUCAUAACUCCAGCAGCAGCGACGGUUCCUUCUUGUCUGAUCCGGACCAGGCCAUCAACUGGGGCCACAGAGCUCUGCACCUCUCCGUCAUGGCGGCGAAAGAAGUUGUAUUGGCGCACUACGGCAAGUCAUCUAGCUACUCAUAUUAUGCCGGGUGCUCGACCGGCGGUCGGCAGGGUCUGAACGCAGCGGAACGGUACCCAGCCGACUUCGAUGGUGUCCUAUCAGGUUCUGCAAUCCCGUGGCAAACACACACGGCGUCUUGGCAGAUCUAUGUCGCUCUGCAACAGUACCCUGCUACGAGGUCAAGCUAUAUUCCCACGACGAAAUGGCCUUUCAUUGCGGCAGCCGUCUUGGAGCAAUGCGAUGGCCUCGAUGGUGUGGCGGAUGGCAUUAUCAUGGACCCAUCCAAGUGCGAGGUCGACAUCGAUGCUCUGCAAUGUGAUGCUGGCACGCUCAAUGCGACGGCGUGUCUCACGGAUGACCAGGCUGUAAAUCUAGCUCGCAUGUAUGCGCCGUGGCUGAGGAACGGUACCGUGGGUGCGUUGGUGAACCCCGGUAUCUCACCUAGUGGCGAGGCCACCUUCAGCUACCUGAUGAACGGCGAGGAGCCCCAGUUUGGGCCUACCUUCUAUCGCUAUGGCGUGCACAAUGACACCAGCUGGGAUUUUACCACUUUGACGGUUGCCGACGUGGUGCUGGCGGAUUCUAUCAAUCCUGGCGGCGCGAACGCGUACAAUCCCGACUUACGCCCCUUUCAGAGUAGAGGCGGGAAGGUCAUCCAGUAUCAUGGUUAUUCAGAUCCGCUGAUACCGUCCCUUAACGCUCCAGCCUGGUACGAUACGGUUGAAGACUUUUACCGUAGUCUUGGGAAGUCAAACGAAGUGCAAGACUUCUACCGGCUGUUCAUGGUUCCUGGAAUGGGCCAUUGUUCAAGUGGUGCAGGUGCCUGGGUGAUAGACGGUGCUUCUCAGGGAGGCAUUGAAUCGCCAGUGACUGACUCGAACUACUCGAUGCUCCUAUCACUCGUAGACUGGGUGGAAGGCGGCACCUCAGCGGCCCCGGAAAGGGUCAUUGGCACGAAGUAUGUGGGAGAUGUUGCACCAUUAGUACAGUUCACCAGACCGGUUUGUCGCUGGCCUCACGUGGCCAAGUAUAAUGGGUUGGGAGACGUGGCCAAUGCUGAAAGCUGGUCAUGCCCUACUGCUAGGACAUAA